AGCUAACGCUCGUCUAGCCUUUUUUUGUCGAUGGCAUGGUGCUAGUAGCUACGACAGAAAUAGCGUUGUCACGAGAAACUAUUUUAAAGUAAAUUCGGAUAUCUCAUGGAAAAUAGCUGACUAAUACGAAUUUCUGAAGUACAUGUCAACCAUCUCAUCUUUAACUAUUCAGCACCCGGCCUCAAAUUGUGAGGUUGCCAAUUCUGCCCCAAGGUUAGCUAGCUAGCGGGCUAACGAUAGCCGAUUAACGCUAAACUAGUUGGGCUAACGGUAACUCGGUAGUCAGUUAAUAGUCAUUACGUCUUGAAUUUUUAGGAGUUAUUAGAAACCGACCAGAAUAGGAGAAUAGCAUGGCAGAAGCCGACAAGUUGAACAUCGACUCCAUUAUACAGCGUCUGCUCGAAGUGAAAGGCUCCAGACCUGGCAAAAAUGUUCAGCUGACAGAGAAUGAAAUCCGUGGUCUCUGCCUCAAAUCCCGGGAGAUCUUCCUCAGCCAGCCAAUCCUGCUCGAACUUGAGGCGCCCCUCAAGAUUUGUGGUGAUGUUCAUGGGCAGUACUAUGAUCUGCUGCGGCUGUUUGAAUAUGGAGGCUUUCCACCAGAGAGCAACUACCUGUUCCUGGGGGACUAUGUAGACAGAGGCAAGCAGUCCCUGGAGACCAUCUGUCUGUUGCUGGCUUACAAGAUCAAAUACCCAGAAAACUUUUUUCUGCUGAGAGGGAACCAUGAGUGCGCCUCCAUUAACAGAAUAUAUGGCUUCUAUGAUGAGUGUAAGAGGCGAUACAACAUAAAGCUGUGGAAGACCUUCACCGACUGCUUCAACUGUUUGCCUGUUGCAGCCAUUGUUGAUGAGAAGAUCUUCUGUUGCCAUGGAGGCCUGUCUCCAGACCUCCAAUCCAUGGAGCAGGUGCGACGGGUCAUGCGCCCCACUGAUGUGCCUGAUCAGGGCCUCCUGUGUGACCUGCUGUGGGCAGAUCCAGAUAAGGAUGUGCUGGGCUGGGGGGAGAACGACCGUGGCGUCUCCUUCACUUUUGGUGCCGACGUGGUGACAAAAUUCCUCCACAAACAUGACAUGGACCUUAUUUGUCGAGCCCAUCAGGUGGUUGAGGACGGAUAUGAGUUCUUUGCAAAGAGGCAGCUGGUGACGCUGUUCUCAGCCCCAAACUACUGCGGGGAGUUUGACAACGCCGGAGCUAUGAUGAGCGUAGAUGAGACGCUCAUGUGCUCAUUCCAGAUUCUCAAACCCGCUGACAAGAAGCUGUUCUACGGCGGCGGAGGUGGCAUGGGCUCUGGCCGCCCAGUCACUCCUCCCAGGAAAGCUAAGAAAUGACACCAGUAGUUUGCCCUCGACCUUCGACCCAUCCCUCCUGCCCUCUCUACCUCUCUUCUCCUUUCUUUCACCAAACAGCCAGAAAUCAAACCUAUACCCAGGGCUUUUUUCCUUUUUUAUCUGUACUUCUUAAAACAUUUAAUGUUAUGAAUUGUCUGAGUGAGUGCGUGCGUGCGUGCGUGCGCAGACCACAAACGUGUCUCGUCUGCAGGUGAGCAUUAAAAUCAUGUGUGCACGUGUACAUUUUGUGUGAGAGUAUUAGAGAUUUAUACUUUCCCCUUUCUCUUGCCACUCUUCCCGUGGAAAGGUUGAAACCACAGUGUCUGUCUGUACAGUAAUUAGACUGAAAAGCAGGGUCUGGGAGACAGUGGGAGAUCAUCUGCCAGCAGGUGGUGUGUGUGUACUUGUGGAGGAGGGGGGGGUAUUUUGUUUUCCCUGUCCUCUGUACUGUAAAAUCUCAAACACAGGUGUGUGUGCGUGUGUGUGUGUGUGUGUGUGUGUGUGUGUGUGUGUGCGCACACGCAGCGUGUUGCUUAUUUAAGUGUGAUGUCGCCGUAUCCUUGAACAGGAAGGUGUGCAUGUCACCUUUUCAGCAGCACUUGCUCAACGACACACACACACACACAUGCAUAUGACUCUUCAGAUUCAUAUGAGCCAGAGCUGUAAAAACCCCAUACAGUUUAGGUUUGUACAGAUUUGAUUACUUGAAAGAGAUUUUUUGUGAAUUCGUUUUGUAGUCUUUCAUCAAGUUGACCAAUAAAGCGAGAAUCUGA